UGAAUUUCCUAGGGUAAAAUAUUUUUCGCGUGUCCUUACUAGAGCUUAACACGUUUAAUCCGAAAAAAAUGUGGAUCUUUAUUUUCGCCUCUCUUCUAAUCUUCUGCUCAGGUGAUUCCGAAUCUGAAAUUUGCGAACAGAGAUACCAGGAUGCAUGUCCCUUAGAAUCAUUACCCAAGCUCGAUGAUUUAAGCAGCGAAGAAGUAUUGAACACGCUUUGUCCAGUUGUGAAGGAUCACAUACAAUGCAUCGACGGUUACGAGAGAAUCUGCAACGUUAAACUUUUCAACUUUCCUGAAGAGUACGAAAACGUAAGAAAUCUCUUGAUCGAUAUUUGUAACGAAACCACUCAACUCCACCAUGAGGUAUUAGAAGCGAUUCCGUGUCUUAGAUACGCAGCAAAGGAUAUCCAAAAAACCUGUCCAGAUGAUAGAAGUGAGUUACUGCAGCUCUACGAACAAUAUGUGGAAGAUGAGAUUGUAAAAGAAGGUCGAGUUGAUCUCGAAGAAGAACGUCACAAAUACAACUGCUUAGAGAUGUUGUACGAUGUAUCCUGCCUAGCAGAUUAUACUCUGAAUAACUGCGGCGGUCACGCAAGAGAUGGUGUUCUGGAAAUAUUCUAUCGCACUGGCACCAUACACAACAGAUGUUCUCGUGCAGUCGUUUCUGGUGUCUUCGACGUCAUUGCAGAGUUGAAUAUUGAAGAAUCUCGCAAGAAUUCCUUACUGAGCAAUGUCUUUAAAUUCACAAAAAAAUGACUAAAGACAAUAUUUCUUAUUACUAUUUCCAACUAAAAUAAGAUCUACAGGACUGUAACUGUACCCGUAAUAUAUUUUCAUCUUAAGGUAUCCAACUACAUAUGGGGCACACAUUUUGAAAAAUAGUCCAAAUAAAUGUAUUACUAGUGUUUUUAACUGCUUAAAAUGAUAAAAAUAGGUGUAAACGUAUUUUUAUCAUUUUAAGCGUAUUUUUAUCAUCAAA